UCAUCAGCAUCAGCAUCAGCAAUGGAAGGGGUGUCAGACGAAGUGUCCAUUGUCGGGCGACCAGACAACCGAAAUGAAACGAAAAUGCCCUACUACUACGGAGCAAGCGCCAUAUUUUUCAUUUCGAUAAUAUUGUGCGUGGCAGCCUUUGUCCCGUCGUACGUGAUGAGAAGACCUUUCGUAGUAGAAGAGGUGAUCUGCACCUCCAGGGUAUGCGAGGCUGCCUCGGACAUGCUGAACCAUUCUAUAAACGAUGAGCUGGACCCGUGCGACGACUUCUACGCAUACGUCUGCGACGGUUGGCAGAAGUCCCAUCUGCUACGCCCUCAGGAGUCCCAAAGAAGCGUCUUCGGCGACGUAGACGAAAAGGUCCGCAACCGGAUGCAUCAGUUUCUGCUCAACGCGACUACCAAUGAAACGAGGAGUGACAUCAAAUAUUUGGCCGUCCUCUACAAGGCGUGCAUCAAGUCCUUGACGCCCGAAGGAAAUGGAGUGGUGUCCAUGAAACGGUUUUUACGGCGUCUUGGAAUGUUUUGGCCAGAUCUUGAAGUAGACGUAGCCAGAAAUGGAACCGAUAUACUCGAGACGCUGGUGAGCCUAUCCAUGACGUGGAACGUAGAAAUUUUGUUUUCCUACUCUGUGAAGUCUUUGAGCAAAUCAAAAGGAGCAAUCGUGUUUGGCCCACCGGUAGCACUUAUACCAGGGAAGGUAACAGACGCCAAAAAGGAGAGGUACACUAAGUUCAUCGUGAGCAUGGCUUUUCUGUUUGGGAGGAGGAGCAACUACGACGAUUUUGCGAAACGAAUUGUUGCCAUUGAGACAGACAUAGCUCGGCUGCGCGUACAAGAACGCGCUUCGGUUACCUUAAUGGUUCAAGAACUGGAUAAUUUAUGUGCAGACUUUCCAUGGCAGAGUUGGCUGCUGGUCCUCAACAAGAACCUGCCACGGGAUGCCGCCCUGACUCCCGAUAAGAGUGUUAUCGUGCAUCACCCAGCCUAUGUGGGAAGACUGCUAACUUACUUCCUGAAUCACGAAUACCCGGAAGACAUUAAAGCUUACCUAGCGUUACGUGUCCUGUUAACGUAUGGACAGACGACUUACGAGAUUCGGCACCUAGAGGAAAUAAUGCUGUACACUGGGAAAGAAAUUCGUCAAGAUUACGUCGUGAAAACCUGCCAGCACUGGACGUCCCACUUGGUACGGGAUGCGUGGAACGGCUUUGUGGUUGCUGCUUUGACAACCACUUCCACGCUUGACGGCAUUUCAAAAUUGGUUAGCAACAUCAAACAGGUCUUCAUACGUCGUAUUCAAAGCGUUUCUUGGAUGGACGCGCAGACUAAAGGCAUUGCCGCCCUCAAGGCGAACAACAUAGUCUUCAACAUACCCAGCUUGUCCGCUACAGACGAUAAGGCGUAUAGAAGCCUGCAGCACCUUCAAGGCGACUUUCUAGACAUGGUUUUCACGGUAAACCAGCUGGCCAAGACAGAUAAGCUUUUCUCCUUGAGCCAGAUCGUGGAUCACAGCGACGCCGCCGCGACACACUCCAAGGCGAACGCCGUAUACGUUUACAGUAUCAACACUGUCAACAUCAACGCGGCUCUGCUGGUUUCUCCUUUCUUUGUUGAAGGUCUUCCCCUGGCUAUGAACUACGGAGGGAUUGGUGUUGUCAUUGCUCACGAAAUAAUCCACGGCUUCGACGUAAGUGGCCGUCUGUAUGAUGACAUAGGCGGCUUCAACGACUGGUGGACAAACACCACUAGCGCAGGCUACCGUGCGAGCGCGCGUUGUUUCGCUGAACAGAUGCAAGCGCUUGCGCACCAGCGUGGUAGCGUGACACUGGAAGAAAACGUUGCGGACAAUGGUGGCCUGCGCUGCGCGUACAGUGCUUACGCUUUGGCGGCGUCCGCAGCUACCGGUGUCGUCGAGCUGAAAGGUCUCGAUAACUUAGAAGAGGAACAGUUGUUUUUCGUCAACUAUUGUUACAAGUUCUGUGGCACGGUUCACACUGCCGACAGCCAGGACUCUCCUUAUCCACUGGGCAGAUUCCGUUGCAACGUUCCCAUUAUGAAUUUUCCCGAGUUCGCAACAGCAUUUGAAUGCGAACCUGGUUCAGCGAUGAAUCCGUCGAAUAGAUGUGCAGUCUGGUAGCACAAAACGUUGGAUUGCGUGUGGACGAUAGCUGCAGAUGGAAAUGUCUUAUCAUACGCUCAACAAUAAACGUAUACGCCCUGUGGUGACUGACGAUUAA